AUGUCCCACCCCAGCACCGCCGCCUCUUCACGCGCCGCCUCCCCUAAUCGCGCCCUUCCCCGCAUCGUCUGCCUCCACGGCAGCGGCACCUCCGCCAUAAUCUUCAAAAUCCAACUCCGCAACCUCUCCCGCGCCCUCCGCGACCACUUCCGCCUCAUCUACCUCGACGCUCCCUAUCAAUCCGUCGCCGGACCAGGCGUCCUACCCGUCUUCGCCGACUGCCCACCCUUCUGGCGCUGGUACCCUUUCGAGGACUACGCCACCAAUGGCGUCGAGGCUGGAGUCAAGGAGCAAGAACGAGCCGCGAGGAAGAGUCGGCAGACCAUCGUGGCCGCCAUCAGGAAGGAUGAUGAGGACGUGCGGAAGGACAGCGGAGGGAAGGAGCCAGGGCCUGUGGUGGGCGUGAUGGGGUUCUCGCAGGGGGGGAGGUUCACCGCUGGCUUGUUGGCCGAUCAAGCGGAAGGGAGGAGCUGGGAGACGCAGGGUAUGCCUGAAUUUAAAUUUGGUGUCAUGCUUUGUGCGAGCUACCCACCUUAUUCCUUGACAAAUGCGAGUAAGAGUCCGCUGGACUUUCCGGGGCCAAGGGACGAGUACGGCACGCAGGGCCCGCCGUCAUUGCAGGAGAUUGUGCAUGUGCCCAGCGUACAUGUGCGGGGCCUGCAGGAUCCGAACCUAGAGAGGGGCAGGAGGUUGAGCAAGUAUUUUGCUGAGCAUGGCAUCAAGGAGGAGAAGGAGUAUCAGAUGUGGCAUAAUUUACCACAGGCGGCGGGAGAUACGACGAGUGGGGGUCAAAAGAGCACCGAUGAGAUCAGGGAUGCCAUCCUGUCCGUUUGGGAUGAGUGUGAGGGGAGAUCAUGA